CAGACUUCACUUAUAAGAGGUAGUGAUCAAAAGUCCGCCCAAACUCUUCACCAUGAGCGACGAGAACGUGGUGAUGCUGGACGUGAUCCUCAAGAACAUGCAGAAGCUGGAGGACCACAUCUCGGCCACCAAGAAGAGGCUGCACGAGGUACAGGAGGCCUCACUUCAAGACCAGCGGGAGUACGCGUCCCUCGUGACCAAGAACAAGGAGCUGGAGGAGAGCAUCAAGAAGGCCCGGCUAAGCUAUGCCACCAUCAACACGCGGCUCCGCUCCAGCCAGCUCCUCCUGCACAACCUCAAGAAGGAACUCGCCAAGGAGGAAGAGGAGCAGCAGCAGAUACUCCGCGAACUGGACGCCCAGUGCAGCCGCGAGGUGGAGGCCGCGGGAGCGUGCAGCGAGGCCCUGCUGCGGGACCACUGGAGCAGUCUGCGGCUGGACAACCCCGCCAUCCCCGCGCGGCGAGAGGCCAUGGUGCAGGAGUUGGCCCAGCUCAGGAUGGAGGAGACGAGACAGAGUUGUGAGAUCAAGGUGCUGGAGGACAUAGACAAGGAGAGGGAAAGACUGGAGAAGCAAAUACAAGGUGAGAAAGAGGAAACAGAGGCACUGAGAAGGGAGCUUGCAGGGCUGAAAGAGAAAACAGCGUCUGUUGAGAGAGAAAUUGCCCAAAUGGAGAAGCUGAGGGACGAGUUGCAGCAGUGUCCCAUCGAGGAGCAGGAGGAGGUGGUGGGGCUGCAGGCAAAGCUGAGGGAGCUACAGCAGGAAGGAGACUACUUGGUUGGAGGAAUUGAAGCCAUGAAGAAGGAGUUAAGGCAGCUGGAGGCUCAGAGGGGGCUUGGGGUGUCAUCACUUGAGGGCAUCACUGACUCCCAACAAUCUACAGCUUACAAGAGGCGAGUCAGAGGGAGGGACAUGGACUCAGGAGGAACAGAAAUGGAAUCCAGCGCCAAGAAGGGGAGGACCGCCACCUCAUCCUCAUCAUUACCUUCCACCUCCACCUCGUCCUUGUCUGCCUUCAGAAUGUCCCCACACUCCCAGGAACAUGCCCACUCCUCAGCCAUGGACAUCGAUGAAUCUCUUGAUGAAAUGCUCAGGGACAUCAACUGGACCACAGACAUUGAUCUUUCAGACACCCACACCCAGAGUGAGCAGGAAAGGAAUAGGAGUUCUGGAGGGGAGAAAAAGGUCUCCACUUCUGACCCCGCCCCAUCCACUCCUCGUACCUUCACCAGGAACCCAGCCCCGCCCACCCCAAACUCUGAGGCUGAAUCUCGUCCUCUCUUGAAACACAUUCUGGCCAACCCACCACAAGCACCGCCGUCAAGACUUUGUGCUGCUGCUCCUGCUCCUGCCUGCCCCCGGCCCACACCUCGCCUGAAGGGCAUCCAUGUAAGACCCCCUGUUCCUGGCAUUCCUUCUUCAUCUUUCCCUCCUGCUAUUCCUAAUCAUCUUUCUUCCACUUGUCCUUCUCUUCAUCUUCCCUUUCCUUUUCUUUCUCAGCCUCAAAGGGUACAACAGAUAACAGUCACUUCGACUUUACAGCAGGUACAUCCUUGCCCAUCCUCCUCCUCCACCUCAAACUUAGUGUCCACUCAACCUCUUCCCAAAACUCAAGCAGCCACAGCUACCACCUUGCAGCAGCCCUCGAGUGCUUCAAGCUCUCGGGGCACCACCAUCACCUUCAUGCAAAGGAGUGGAGCACCUCAGGGAACAUAUACAGGAGGAAUGGUAAGGGGCACGAAUCAGGGAACCUUUAACACCAGCCUGGGGAUCAAAGGUGUACAUUUUUCUAGUCUUGCCAGCGCUAUGACCCCAAGACUCUGCCCGGCCACCACAGCUCCCAACACUCUUCCUGCUCUGGGAUUAGCAUUAAAAGCCCUGACAGUAAGAGGACAGCAAAGGCCCCAGCAGCAGCAGCAAAGGCCCCAGCAACACCAGCAAAGGCCCCAGCAGCAACAGCAACUGCAAAGGCCCUGGCAGCAACAGCAAAUGUCCCAGCAGCAGCUGCAACAGCAAAGGCCCUGGCAGCAACAGCAAAUACUCCAGCAGCAGCAACAACAGCAAAGGCCCCGGCUGCAACAGCAAGGGCCCCAGCAACAGCAGAAGUCACAUCAGCAACAGCAAAAACCCUGGCAGCAGCAACAUAAGCCACAACAGCAGAAGUCACAGCAGCAUCAACAGAGACCUCAGCAAGUACACAGGUUCGGGCAGUGGCAGGAUCAAAAGGGCCUCAACUCACCCACCAAACGGCGGAUCAGAUUCAAUGAACUGACGGAGGUGCUGGGAACCCCUGAGAGUGACAGUGGCCGAUAGACAGACACCCACAGGAGGAGAGGAAGACAGGGGGAUAGUAUAGAAGAAAGUAUAUAAGAUAUGUAACCAGGAGAGAAAUGGAGGCUGACAAAUAGACUUAGAAGAAGCAGAUUGACAAGAGAGAAAGAAACAGAUGGACUGGCAAAUAGAGAUUGACAGGAUGAAAGGUAUGUGGAUAGACAGACAUUAUAGAAGAACUGCUGACAGACAACCAAGGAAGAAGAUAGGCAGAAACAGACACAAGGAUGGGGAUAAUAAAAACAUUGAAAGAGACAUACAGAAGCUACAGGACGACAAUCUGAUAUACAGCAGGGGGAAAGCAUUCAGACAUAACAGGUAGAGGAGGAGAGGUAGACAGUCUAACACGAGAGUAUCACCCCCAGACUCCCUUACAGUAAAUAAUAAAAAACUUACUUCAAGAUUAAAGAAGCAGUGAAAUUCUCAUCGGCAUAAAGUUAUAGGAUGGUGUACUGGUCAGCUUCCUAUUUCAACAGAUAUAUUUUGUACAUCAUUAAUUUGCUCCAUCGCUGCUCUCCUAUUUUCCAUUUUUAUUUGUUUAUUUUUAUUUUUAUUUUUUGCCUCCUUCCUGACUCCACUUUGUAUCAUUUGCUGCGUUUACAUUUUGUCCCAACUGUCUAGAAUUAGUACUUUAUCAUUCCUAUACAUGAUAACAAAUUGUAACCUAUCUGAAUAUUUUAGUUAGGCCAUAGUAGGGCUAUGCUUUUCUAAAGAAUUUCAAUCAUAAUCAAACUUUUUUUGUAUAUUAUUUUAUAAGCCCUUGGAAAAUUGUUGUCUCUUCUUAGCACUAAUCUGCGGGAUUAUAGAUCAUUUUUGUAAUAAAGGAUAUCAACACAGAAUAGUAUAAUCAAUAACAAAUAAUGUUUAGUAUUCCUCACUCUUUACUAAUUACUAACAUUUAGAAACACCCAUAAACUUUCUUGGCUCGCUUUAUAUUGUUUAAUGUGCUCCAAAGGGGCGGCAAGUUAGUUGACUAUAACCAACCAAUAAGUAAUUUUGGUUUUGUUCCGGUAAAUUGUAGUUUGGCUGCUUGGCAAGUUGACCAUAUCCUUCAUAUUCCUUAAAAGUAGAUAUGCAGUCUUAGUGGCCAUAUUUGAUUUAGUUUCACUUAGGUUUAAGGACAGACCACCAAGUUCGGAGCAUAGGAUAUGUGUUGUCUGAAUAUCUAUGUAGAUCUGUUGUGACAUUAACUCACUCAGGGCCGUAAUUAGGGGGGGGGGAGCAAUUAAGAGGGGCUAUAUAACUUCCCAAUGCUUUCUAUAUCGGCCUCAAAAUGCCCCUAAAAGUGCUUAAUUAAAAAAAAAAAAUCCAAACUGCACAUGCUCGUUUCGCACUCACCCCCCAUCUCAUAAACCUAUGAUGCCCUCUAGCCCCCCAAAAUAAUAUGCCAAAAUUACCGGCCUGUCACUUUUAUCUUAGAAAAUACUAUGUGAUCAGCUUGACGUUUAUCUUAAAAUCAGCGUUCAUAAAUUGUGCUCUUACACUUGAUCCGCUGUGGCGACCCCUGACGGGAGCAGCCGGAGGAAGAAUUGUGCCC